CAAGCACGAACAAUCAAAGUAGUAGUAACGUAAACGUAUCGUGUCUACUAUACUAUGACGCAGUAAUACAUUAGUAGGCAUCACGAAGCACUUUCGUCGUUGUGUAGUUAGUACGAUACAAUUACGAGAGUGACGUCAUCCUAACGUAAGUAGGGAUGUCCCCACGAAUGAGCUCGCUGAGCUUUCUAAACCAAUGAUUCGUUCGGAAACAUGUUGAAGUGUUCUAAUUAACUGAAAUUAUUGAAAUAUAUUGUGAUAUUCGGGUGAAAUCUUAGAGAAAACAAUCAAGAAACAAAAUUAUGUUCCAUAUAUUUGUAGUAAGAUAUGGUGACUUAUCUAAACCUUCCGGAGGUCCAAGAGGACGCCAUUUCAUACAAAUGAAAUGGAAGGAAUUAGCGGAAAAAUUAAACAGUGAUGGAACAGGCGACUCUCGAUCGGAGGAGAAAUGGCGCAAGGUGUGGAGUGAUUUAAAAAAUAACACCAAAAGAAAGCUGGCAAAGAUAAAUAGAGCUGCAAGCGGUACUGGUGGUGGACCUGCACUUCGAUUAUCGUUGACUGACCUUGAAAACAGGGUCAUGCAAAUCAUUGGAGUGGAGGCAGCUACUGGCAUGACGCUGGUGGAAGCUGGCUUUCAGCAGAAUGAAGAUGAUGAAAAAACGCCCAACACCCAGCCAGAAGAAAUAAUUAUACCUGGGUAUAUAGAAGAUAACCAAUUCACCCUGGAUACAAUAGAUACAGAAGCCGAUUGGAACACCCCAAGCACCAGUAGCCAACCUACCGUGGUGCUGCCCCCUCUUCAGAGUGAAGAAACUGCAACACCUCCACCUUCUUCUCAAAAAAUUAAAAUUAUAUCAGAUGAGCAUUGGGUACCACCACCACAAAAAAAGAAAAAAUGUGAUAAUAAUAAUGUAGCGAAGAUAUUUGUAGAUUCUGAUAGGAGAGCAAGAGAAUAUGCAAGAGAGCGUGAUUUGGCCUUUGAAAGGUUAGAGACCGAAAGGCUGCGUGUGCAUGAGUAUGAAGUCCAUGAAAGGGUGCGACAGAGGGACCAAGAGCUCAAUUUACAGGCUCAAUGGCUCCAGUUCAUGAAAGAGGCUAUGAAUGUUAUUAUUAGAUACUUUGAAAAAGAAGAUAAGUAAUUUUGUAUUUAUUAAAUGUAAUAUCACAUAGAAAAUUUAUUUCACUAUUUAGAAUUAAAAAUUAAACUACAAAGCUUAGUAAUUUCGCUAUGAAACCACUAAGGUUUGUAAGUAUGCUAAGUCCUAUUACGCUUACAUUGUUUGUUAAUUUCUCCUGUAAUUAUUUAACUUAAGCUGUGUGUACAACAUAAAUGAAAAAAUAAAACUACUUUUUAUAUGUUUACAUAUCUACGUUAGUUUUAAUAAAAAAUACAAUUUAAAUAAUCUUAAAAUUACAGCUUUCUAACCAGAUACAUUAUAAGUUUUUUUAGAUUUAGAAAUUACAUGUGUAGCCUUGUAAGUAUACUAAAGUCCUAUUAAGCUUACAUCGUUUGUUAAUUUCUCCUGUAAUUAUUUAAUUUAAGCUCUAUGUAUAACA